AUGGGAGUUCAGUUGAGGACACCAGGAACCCAAGCGGGGCGGAAGGAGGGGCGAGGCCGAGACGGUGCUGAAGGGACAGUACUCUUCGCGCCGCAGAGAGCCCGAGUGUCACACGCGUGCUCGGGCCGAGGCCGGUUUGGACGAUUCCCCAGCGCGGAUGGUGUCUGGGACCGCCGUAGGGCGGAGGACUGGGUGUUCCUGACAAGAUUUUGUUUCCUCUCGGAUUACGGCCGACUGGACUUCCGCUUCCGCUAUCCUGAGGCCAAGUGCUGUCAGAACAUCCUUCUCUAUUUUGAUGACCCAUCCCAGUGGCCAGCUGUGUACAAAGCAGGGGAAAAGGACUGCCUGGCCAAGGAGUCAGUGAUCAGGCCAGAGAACAACCAGGUCAUCAACCUCACCACCCAGUAUGCCUGGUCAGGCUGUCAGGUGGUGUCAGAGGAGGGAACCCGUUACCUGAGCUGCUCCAGUGGUAGAAGCUUCCGCUCUGUGCGCGAAAGGUGGUGGUACAUUGCGCUCAGCAAGUGUGGGGGAGAUGGGCUGCAGCUGGAAUAUGAGAUGGUCCUCACCAAUGGCAAAUCUUUCUGGACACGACACUUCUCGGCUGAUGAGUUUGGGAUCCUGGAGACAGAUGUGACCUUCCUCCUCAUCUUCAUCCUCAUCUUCUUCCUCUCCUGUUACUUUGGAUAUUUGCUGAAAGGUCGUCAGUUGCUCCACACAACUUACAAAAUGUUCAUGGCUGCAGCAGGAGUGGAAGUCCUGAGCCUCCUGUUUUUCUGCAUCUACUGGGGUCAAUAUGCCACUGAUGGUAUCGGCAACGAAAGCAUGAAGGUCCUGGCCAAGCUGCUCUUCUCCUCCAGCUUCCUCAUCUUUCUGCUCAUGCUCAUCCUUCUGGGGAAGGGAUUCACGGUGACACGGGGCCGCAUCAGCCACUCAGGCUCUGUGAAGUUGUCUGUGUACAUGACCCUGUACACCCUCACCCACGUGGUGCUGCUCAUCUAUGAGGCCAAAUUCUUCGAUCCAGGCCAGGUACUGUAUACAUAUGAAUCUCCAGCCGGCUAUGGGCUCAUCGGGCUGCAGGUGGCGGCCUACGUGUGGUUCUGCUACGCAGUGCUCAUCUCCCUGCGCCACUUCCCUGAGAAGCAGCCCUUUUACGUGCCCUUCUUUGCUGCCUAUACCCUCUGGUUUUUUGCGGUCCCUGUCAUGGCCCUGAUUGCCAAUUUCGGGAUCCCCAAGUGGGCCCGGGAGAAGAUUGUCAAUGGCAUCCAGCUGGGGAUUCACUUGUAUGCCCACGGCGUGUUCCUGAUCAUGACUCGCCCAUCAGCGGCCAACAAGAACUUCCCGUACCACGUGCGCACGUCACAGAUAGCCUCUGCCGGGACCCCGGGACCCGGUGGCAGCCAAUCGGCGGACAAGGCCUUUCCGCAGCACGUCUAUGGGAAUGUGACAUUCAUCAGCGACUCAGUGCCCAACUUCACGGAGCUCUUCUCCAUCCCCCCGCCCACCUCCUCCGUAAGCCCCGCGGCCCCGGCGCCUGAGGAGCUGCUGGCGCCGCCCCUGGAGUACCUGACCCCCCCCUGCCCCGUGUGGCGCCGGAUUCUGGGCUCCCGCUGUUCCGCGAUCUUCGGCCCCCUGGCCCCCUCCGAGACCUCUGACCCCGCUGGACUCCGGACACUCAUCACGACCGCCGGGAUCCUGACCCUGCCUCUCCAGGACUGUGCGACCCCGAGCCACUGCUCCCGGGACGGAUACCGUGAAGCUGAUCUCUCUGAAACCCUUCCUCGGAUCUGUGACCGGACCCGUGCUCUCCGUUCCUGUCUGCAUUCCGGGGCCCUUCCAUCGGGUCCCUGGCAGAAAGACUUUUCCCUCCUUGCCAACAUAAAAAGGAUUCGUUGA